AUGAUCUGGGAUUUUACCGAGCCCGUGUGCCGCGGAUGUGUCAACUACGAAAGGCGCGGCCGGAGUCGAGUUCGUAUAUAGGACACCGCCCGGCAGCUGAAGAGGGCUCACGGCUCCAAGGACGGCCGCUCUGCCGGCCCGGGGAAUGCCCGCAAGCAGCACCCCGGGAAGGAGCCAACACUCGGCGGGAGAGUCCGUCCGCCCGCAGCGCUGGACCGAUACCCGCUGGUCCGACCGCCCGCCGCGCUCGGACCGGAGUACCUAGCGGGGCGGCAGGCGAACGGCCCUCCCGAUGCCCAACGGAUUCCCACAAAACCGGACGAGCCUCCGGCUAACCGUCAGAGCCGAACCCCGCAGGAACUAGCGCGGUUCCGCCCAGGCCUGGUGCAGCUGGUGAACGGCAGCAUCCCCACCGUGCACUCUGCUAACGGCCGCCCGCGCAGAUGGACUGCCGGGGUGCUCCAGCGUCGAGCCCCGGGGCAGCACGGGAAGCGUUCGGACCGAGCUAAAGACAAACACAGGCCGGACGAAGCCUGUCGGAGCUUACCGGACAGCCACAAGGACUGGUCGUUUAAAAGGGCGGGAUCUGAUGCGCACCUUCGACGGCAGGUACAAGGAAGGAGCACGCGGCCCUGCAGCAGAGGGUGAGGGAUACAGAAUGCUGCUUCCUCUAAAGACAGGUAGGAAGUGUGUGUGUGUGUGUGUGUGUGUGUGUGUAUUACAAGA